AUGAGGGGCGUGAGGGGCUUGAAGGGAAGGGAGAGCGUGAAGGGUUUCAACGGCCGCACAGCCCAUUCUCGUUUGCCUCUGGCAGCGAGUCUUUGGCGCUGCCGCUCGCCAGCCCUGCUGCGCUGCCUCACGAUCGAACCACUGGAGGCGUUGGGUCAUGGGCAGAAAAGGAAGAGGUUCCGAGGUACCAGAAGAGCCCCCUCAUUCUCGGGAGGCUCUUUUGGUACCUCUCCCGCUUCUCAACACACUCCUGCUCUCACCGCUUCUCAACACACUCCUGCUCUCACCGCUUCUCAACACACUCCUGCUCUCACCGCUUCUCAACACACUCCUGCUCUCACCGCUUCUCAACACACUCCUGCUCUCACCGCUUCUCAACACACUCCUGCUCUCACCGCUUCUCAACACACUCCUGCUCUCACCGCUUCUCAAACACACUCCUGCUCUCACCGCUUCUCAACACACUCCUGCUCUCACCGCUUCUCAACACACUCCUCUCUCACCGCUUCUGCUGCUGUGCCACACUCCGUUGCUGCUGCUGCCAUCCCUGCUGACGUGGCACGUGCUGGGCCGGAGGCUGCAAGUGCCGUGUCUGUCAUGUUGCCGUCAGGUUCUGUCACUGUUGCACUUCCUUCAGGUGCUGUCUCUGUUGGUUCAGGUGCCAGCCCUGAUUCGCCUGAGACUGCGGAGAGAAGAAUGGAUCAAAGUGAGUGGCAAGAUUUGAGGGGGAUAGAGAUGGAGGAGGGGAGAGAUGGAAGCGGGAGGAGUGAGAGUGAUGGGGAGAGGAGCGAUGGGAAGGAAGGAAAAGAGAGUGAGGGAGAGAGUGAGAAAUGGGAGGAGUCAGAAGAGUGGAGUGAUGUUGGUGAAGUGGUAACCAGUGAUGCAGGUGAUGCGGUAAACAGCGAUGCUGGCGAUGCGGUAACCAGUGAAGCUGGUGAUGUGGUAACCAGUGAAGCUGGUGAUGUGGUAACCAGUGAAGCUGGUGAUGUGGUAAUCAGUGAUGCUGGUGAUGCGGUAUCCAGUAAUGCUGGCGAUGUGGUAACCAGCGAUGCUGUGGAUGUGGUAACCAGUGAAGCUGGUGAUGUGGUAACCAGUGACGCUGGUGAUGUGGUAACCAGUGAAGCUGGUGAUGUGGUAAUCAGUGAUGCUGGUGAUGCGGUAUCCAGUAAUGCUGGCGAUGUGGUAACCAGCGAUGCUGGUGAUGUGGUAACCAGUGAUGCUGGUGAUGGUGGUAACCAGUGA